AUGGAGAAUACAGGACGACGCUCCCUCUCUCUUCUGCGCGCCCUGGUGGUGGUCCUCGCCGCCCAGCUAGCUACUGCGCAAGACCCCGCCUCCGCUCUAGUGCCCUCCGAGGUCAAGCGCGCCGACUGGUCCUCCAUGCGAGGGGCCUGGGGCAAACGAGGCGACCUAACCGAAGUGGAACUGGAGGACGCCGAUGAGAAACGCGCAGGCUGGGACAAAUUCCAAGGUUCUUGGGGCAAGAGGGGAGACGAACUCGCUGAGGCCGACCUGCAGGAUGCAGAAGCCAAACGUGCUGACUGGAACAAAUUCCAAGGGUCUUGGGGAAAGCGCGGGGGAGAAGGACUGGAUCUCGAACUACAGGGUGCUGGGAAUAAGCGGGCUGACUGGAACAAGUUUCAAGGAUCUUGGGGCAAACGGGAAGAUGAUCUUUCCGAAACUGAGUUGGCGGAAGAAAAACGGGCGGACUGGAACAGAUUCCAGGGAUCUUGGGGCAAACGGGGUGGAUGGAGCCAACUUCAGGGAUCCUGGGGCAAACGCGAUGUGCCAGCCGCACUCCUGGAGGAGCUAGAAAAGCGACCCGAUUGGUCCAGUCUCCAGGUAUCGCGCCGCCCGGGCCCAUGGCUGACACGAGGGAGGAACACUCCCUUAUUUACCAGCCGCCCUGCCCGUCUCAUGGCCGGAGCUCCCCAGAAGCGAGGGUGGCUCCUGUGGGGCAAGAGGCCAGACACGCCCCGGGUGGUCCCCGCUAGUAGUAGUAGUAGUAGUAGCAGUGGUACUUGGGGAAAACGCAGCGCCGACUGGAACAGCCUGAGGGGCACGUGGGGUAAGCGUGCCACCGACUGGGGGCAGUUCAAGGGAUCCUGGGGAAAGCGGGCAAGGAUGAGAGCAAGACAAUAUCAACCCAUCAGGCCUAAUGAGAAAAUAUUAGGCCUACUUUGCAUACUUCAGCAGCAACUCAUCACUGUUACUAAUUCAACGGCAACUACUCCGUCAUGUAUACACAUAUGCAUGAUUAGAUUCCCACUGAUAUACCUCUCCUCACACCUUCCCACCAAGCACAUACUCUGCACACCUACUUCUGCAGAGGGGACAGAGAACACGCCCUCCACGACCUCCUUCAAGGAAAUGUUUUUCCGCAAACAAAAUACCAGCACUAAAGCAGCCAUGAAUUCCGAAGAGACACAAAACGCCCUUUCCAUGCCCUCCCUCGAGGACCUGGUUUUCCAACAGCGACGCUCAGGCGGCUACGAGUUCUAUGCUCUUCCUGGAGGAGAUCGCGGUCCUGGAGCAGAACUUCUAGGCGAUGGCAUGUUCUUCCCCGCCCGCCCUUCCACAUGUACCUGGGCAUCCUGGCCAACAAUCUGGACGUCCCAGCCAAUAUCAUACUAUAGAUUGCACAAUUGUGGAAUGUCAGAGUUCUGGGUCACAUUUUGUGCCGUCAAAAUUCUGGAAUUCACAACUGUGUUGUCCGCUCUUGUGCGAUCACCAAAUGCACACAUUACUGGAACAAAAUGUGAAUCACUUGAACGCGUUGCACAGUUACUUCCAAAUGCAAAUUAUGUAAAUGAUGUACCAUAA